ACUCAUGUCUCAUUAUCAUGCAUAUCGAGUAGUUUAGAGAAACUAUUGGACAUUAAUUAGGACUUCUAUAUUAAGAAUCUCCUAUUGACAUUAUGACUUAUAGUAGUAUAUAAAGACUCUCACCUAGUCACCUUUAGCUCCCACUUCAACGGUUCAACCAAAACUUCUACAACUAUGUCAACACUUACAAAACCUAAAUCUUUAGAGAAACUAGAAGAUGAAAUCAAACAACUAGAACUCACCCUCCCUCACAAAUUGUGGCUUGGCACUUAUAACAUGUACUUAUAUCAGGGGUUUUGGUGCCCAGUUCUUAAACCCACAAUCUAUUUUCAAUCACAUUUCCAAGCCAAUGACACAGAUAUUAUCCUAGCUAGCCUACCCAAAACCGGCACAACAUGGUCAAAAUCUCUCAUUUUCUCCAUUGUUAAUAGGAAAGAGUUUUCUGAUGUUUCAAAACAUCCUCUUCAUGCUCAUAAUCCUCAUGAACUCGUCCUUCAUUUUGAGUACAAACUAUACACGGAUUAUAUGAAGGGAUGUGCACCUGAUUUUACUAAACUACCCUCGCCUCGCCUCUUUGCCACCCAUGUACCAUAUCCAUCUCUACCAAACACAAUCAAGACCUCCAAAUGUAAGAUCAUUUAUGUUUGCCGAAACCCUUUGGACACCUUCAUAUCAUCCUGGCAUUUUUUUUUGGAAGUGGAGAGAAAUGAGAGUCUUACACCUAAUAUGAUAGAGGAUUAUUUUGGUAAGUUUUGUAAGGGCGAUUUUCCAUUUUGUCCAUAUGAGGAUCACAUUGUGGGGUAUUGGAAGGAGAGUAUGGCAACCCCAGAUAAGGUGUUGUUUAUGGAAUAUGAAGGGUUGAAGGAGGAUUCGAAUGCACAAGUGAGACGGUUGGUGGAGUUUUUGGGUUGCCCGUUUUCGGAGGAGGAAGAAAAAGAGAAUGUUAUAGAUGAGAUAAUCAAGCUUUGUAGCCUUGAUAGUUUGAAGCAAAUGGAGGUUAAUAAGAGUGGAAAAUUUUAUGAUUUUGUGGAGAACAAGGCUCUCUUUAGAAAAGGAGAGGUAGGUGAUUGGACUAAUUAUUUGACGCCUUCUAUGCUUAAGGAACAUUAUCAAGUAAUGCAAGAGAAAUUCAAGAGAUCUGGUUUGCUUUCAGACAUUGUCAACAAGAAUUUCCAUAAGUGAAGGGCUGAGCAAUGGGGUUGGUUUUGGUUGGUCUAGCAAAAAGUAAAGCUAGCUUUGCUUAGUUUUACUAUUGGAGCAAUUGGUCCUUGGAGUUGGCUGGUCUGAAAUUCUAGACCAACUAUGCCUUGGAUGAUGUGCAUAGCAACAAAUGGGGUGAUGUCAUAUGUAUCAAUAUUGCUAUAUUGUUGCUGUUUUUUUUUUACAAAAUUGUUUUUUUGUUUUAAAGUAAAUAAAAUUAGCUCAUAUUUUUUAAAAAGAAAAUUACAUUACAACUAUAAAAAAAAUUAUCUAUAAAUUGAGCCUAAAUUUGAUA